AUGUCUGAUUCUGAAGUUAUCGCUGAAGUUGAGGUUGCCGCCGCUGCUCCCUCCGGAGGACUUACCCUCGAGGAUGCCCUCAAGACCGUCCUGAAGAAGGCUGUCAUUAACGACGGUCUCGUCCGAGGUCUGCGAGAGUGCUCUAAGGCCCUUUCUCGACGAGAGGCCGAGCUCUGUGUCCUGUGUGACUCUGUCACCGACGAGUCUUACCUCAAGCUCGUUGAGGCUCUUUGCAACGAGCCCGAGGAGAAGAUCCCCCUUGUCAAGGUCCCCGAUGCCAAGCAGCUCGGUGAGUGGGCUGGUCUCUGCCAGCUCGACCGAGAGGGUAACGCCCGAAAGGUCGUCGGUGCUUCUUGUGUCGUCAUCACCAACUGGGGUGAGGACUCCGAGGCUCGACAGUUCCUCCUCGACUCCAUUGCUUCUCAGUAA